UUAAAAUGUUUCCUUUCGGGGAACUCUUCCCUCCCACCCUGGCGUAAUUAUACAUAUCUCUCGCAUUGUAUCCAUCCUCUCGGGUUCGCGUUGGUCCUUUCGCUCUUCUCGUCAUCUCUCUUUUCUCUCCAAACUCUGUAUGGUUGGGCUGCCCCCUCUGGUUCUUGACGAACUGAGUGAGCAGGAGUAAGCAAGAAGCUCCAAACCUUGAUUCGCGGAGGUGUUUGCUCUUUUUUGUUCUUUACCUCCGUGGACGGUUUAAUCCACAUGGCGAAGCUGGAGUCUAAGCAAACGGACCUUUGGGUCGUGCUGUUUGUCACUUUUGCUGCUGCGACCAUCAUCACCAUCCUUCGGUUAUUGAGUCGUCGGCUCAAGAGGAUUCCUUUGUCAUGGGAUGAUUACUUUGCUCUUUGCGGAUAUGCCAUUUCUGUUGGUUGGAUCAUCAUUGUUCCCUACUGGGUCAAUCGUGGUCUUGGACUACAUAUUAUGGAUGUCGUAGAAAUCAGGAAAGUCACGUUGGAAGAUGCAUUAUAUCAAGGAAAACUAUUGCUCUUCAUUGCCGAGCUCUUCUACGCCUUCGGUCUCUUCUUCGCAAAGGUCUCGAUUCUGAGUUUAUACUGGCGCAUGUUCCGAGUCAGCAACAUUCGACUACCGAUUCAGAUUCUCUUCGGAUGCGCCAUCAUCUGGAUCAUCUUCCGAAUCUUUAUGGGCAUCUUUCACUGCGUCCCCGUCGAUGCGUUCUGGGAUUCGAAUGCAGGCGGAUACUGCGCCAUUGAGGAUAAGAAGUUCUUCUUUGGCACGACGCUGGUGCACGCUGCCAUUGAUAUCGCCAUCUUGAUCCUUCCGAUGUGGCAGAUUGGUAAACUGCAGCUGCCUAUGAUUCAAAAGGCUGGCAUUAUGGUCAUGUUUACCUUUGGCUUCUUCAUUUGCGCCGCUGCUAUUCGACUUAUUGUAGCUGCUCGAGUUUUCGAUGACAAGUCCUACGAUUUGACAUGGAAUAUCUGCGACAUUGUCAUCUGGGCAACAGUCGAGGUCAAUCUGAUCAACGUUUCCGCUUCACUGCCCACGAUCCGACCCGCGUGCACAUACAUCUUCACCUGCACGCAUCCCCGAACCCGAACAGGCGCCAGCUCAGGAAGUUACCCCAACAGCUACGGCCGCAGCCAAACCAAGCAAUCCAUCCGUCUCGACACCAUCAACAAGUCCACGGCCAACGACGAAUCCUCCUCAACGCACCAACUCGCCGAUUCCGACGAUGGUGGCGGUCGAGGCUCGGUGUCAGACUUUGAGAGCCACGCCAUCGACCGGUUCAGACCAGCGGGCAACAAGUACACAUCUACAGUCACGGGUCAAAGUCCAGGCACUGGAGAAUUCGGAGCAAACUUUGGUGGCAUUCUCGUCAAGAAUGAGACGACGGUGCACGUUUCUAAACACUGAUCAAACUGGUACACGAUUUGGAGUCAUUGGAAAAAGCGAUGUUAUGGAUAUACCUUGUAGAGUAAAAUAAUUAAUAGCGAUGUCGAGUCAUUUGGACCCAAAUAGUACGAACCAUUUCAACC